GAAGAGAUACAUGUGUGAUUAUUCCUAUUCCGUGUGAGUGAUGGUAUUAUUAUAUUACUCUAUCCUAUAAAAAGGACCGGACAUCGGCAUAAUGGCUUUCAAAUGCCAGGGGUCCUACGGCGGGAGAAAUGCGGAAUGAAAAAUUUACAAAGACUGGGAGGAGCUUCAUUAUCACUUUUAUCGCUUUUUACAUCCAAUCCAAUCCAGGACCCAGAUCUUGUCCUGUCUCUCAUCCACACGCACGCAAACAUACACGACAAGAACAUCAGACAUUGAUCAUCUUCUGCUCGAGUGCCUAUCGCGUCAUCAAACUCACACCCUUCAUCCUUUGCUUCUUUCCGUCGUCGUGCACACUAAGAGGAUUAGCAUCGACCGUUACGUCACACGAUCAUCAACAGCCUUUUUUGCUCGCACGAUCAAAUCCAUCAACACCCCUCUCGAGUCGACGUCUUCUUCUAUGAAGCUCCAGUCGGCGGACAUCAAUCCAUAACUCCUUCGACAUCGACCAUCCGUCCUCAAACGACCUACUCCUGCGUAGGCACGUUGUGAUCGUCGACAUCUAAUGUCACAUCAACAUGGCCUUCAACUUUAACUGGUCGCCGCUCACGGCCGAUGCGGAAUUCUAUCAAAGAGCUCAAGAGAUGCUCACGGCAGCUCUCAACAAAUCUCCCAAACCUCCCAUCAUCAAAGAUGACAUUCUCGUCAACGAACUAAACUUGGGUUCGGUCCCUCCCGAUUUGGAAAUACUGGAGAUUGGGGAUUUGGCAGAAGAUAGGUUUAGAGGAAUCUUCAAGAUGUGCUAUUCGGGGGAUGCUUUCUUGACUUUGAAAACAAGAGUUCAGGCUAAUCCGCUCAACAAUCAUUUGUUCUCGAAACCAUCAUUCACAUCUCCACAACCCCUCGCCGCAGAUGCGGGGCUUACCAUCCCAUUACAAAUCACGUUGUCGGAUAUCAAAUUAUCGGCGUUCAUCAUUGUCGUAUUUUCAAAGUCCAAGGGAUUAACCUUGGUCUUCCGAAAUGAUCCCCUCGAAUCCCUCAAGGUCUCCUCCACCUUUGACUCGAUACCGUUCAUCAAGGAUUAUUUACAAAAGGAAAUUGAGCAACAGCUGAGGACUUUGAUGAUGGAUGAAUUGCCUGCUAUCAUUCACAGACUAUCAUUGAGAUUAUGGUGUCCGGAAUACAGAGCAAAGGAAGAUCAAGAGAUGGCCGAAGCGGCAAAGAAAACGAAAGACGAGGUGGCGGUAGACCCAUUUGCAAGUCCACCACAAGAUGCCGUUGAUGCCCGUGGAAACGUUCUAGAUGCGACGGAAAUUUCCAAUCUAUCAUUAGACGGGGGAUCAGAGAUUCACUCCUUGUUCUCGCAGAAGAACUUACUUCGAUUAGCGGCACUGACUAACUCUCAUCGAACAUUGUCACUCUUCACUCCUUCUAUUCGAGAUGCGGUCUUCCGAGCUUGGGCACCUUCUGAAAGAGGAGAUUCGGCUGGAACUACCACACCAGCAACUCCCUCACUUCAAAGACCUCAAUCAUCGCUUGGAAGUCAAAGUACCACUUAUACAUUUUCGAAUAGAAGUUCCGAUGAUGGUCAUGGCGGGAUACCAUCCAGACCGUCUUUGGUCAACAUGAAUUCGGCCACAACAGGAUUAAGUCUUGGUGCAAAUCGGGGUUCAAGAUCACAUCCUACAAGGAAGAAGAAGAAUAGAGUGGUAAACUUGAGAAAGCCUAAAACUACGGAAAGUAGUGAGAGUGGAGAAAGUGAGACAGCUUCGACGACUGCAGUAUCUGAACCAACUGUUCCAUCCCGUAUUCCAGAAGAGCCAGAAGAUCUUCCAGUUACUCCACCAUCCGGCAAGGUACGAUUCAAUAGUAUUGAUCUUGGAGAUUCACCAAAGAAACUUCCACCAUCUCGUUCUAUGACUCCCGAACAAGUCAAAAUGGAUCAAAUUCCAUCACUUACUGUGCAGCCUUCUACCCCAAUUAACACUCAGGAACAAAAGCGUCCUGCUUACAAUCAAUCCGCUUCCACUUCAUACACCCCAGAGAAGUCAGCAAUAACUCCACCACAUACACCAUUCUCAUAUCCACAUGGUCUUCACUUCUCGACAACUGAAUCACCAUCAGGAAUUCUCGAACAAGCUUGGAUCAUGAAGAUGGCUUCUGAACUUGCUCGUCGUCAACAUGAUGAUAAAACAGCUCGUCAAGGGUUCUGGUCUACAUCAAGCAAUGGAGAUGAUGCUCCUCCAGCCUAUGAACCAAAAGCCUUGUAAUGUAGGCUAUAUUACAUUCAAUUCAACCCAUGUAUAACAUCUCGAUUCUUUCCUUUGUUAAUCAUUUGACGGGAGUUUCAUGGGAAUAAUUACGGACUUACGAACACUCCACUCUUUUGUGUUUUUGGAAGUACCUAAUAUCGAUAAAAACUUUGGUGCUGCGAUUUAGCGACUUACUUUUUUUGCUGGUCAAAAGAUAUGCUAUACCUCAUGGGAGGUUUGGCAUCAUUUGAAUGUAUGGAUUUUGGGAUGGGUUGGGUCGGGCAGGAAAGGGGUAGUAUAUCAAUAUUCUGGGUGGUUUUGGUGGUAGGUACACAAAAGUUGGUUCUUGAGGAUUGUUUCGUUUUGAGCGAUUUGGUUGCUUGGGGAUUGUUGAGUCCUGAUUUUCGAAUUAUGCGAAGAGGAGGAGAGAAGUUGGUUUGGAUUUUUUAUAUACACGGGCUUUACGAUUCCUUUCCUUGCAAAUCGUUUUGAGCGAUAAUUCUCGCGUACUAACGAAUUUCAUUUGUCUUUGCCACCUUCAGAUACCUUUCUUGCUUCGGUGCCACUUGUAGCAUCAUUUUAGAGAAGAGAAGUUUGGAGAGAAACAGUAGAGAGAUGAGAUGGAUAGAUGUAGUGAAAUCCAAUCCAGAUAUUAUCUACAUUUUUAUGUGUGAGGGUUAUGAUAUUGUGAAUGUAGAGUGAUUGUUAAUCUGAUAAAUCUUCAAUGAAUCACUUUUCUUGUCUUUGUAGUUGAAUGUACUGUUACUGAAUGCCUACCCA